AUGUCGCUGGCCGGUUGUGGAAGUGUCAACCAGUUAGGAGGGAUGUUUCUCAACGGCAGACCUCUCCCGGAAUCCAAGAGGAGGAAAAUGAUUGAACUGGCCUCGGAGGGAGUCCGUCCGAGCCAGAUCUCCCGGAUACUUCGGGUACGCAAAACUAUUUUAAAGUGAAACAACUGCGUAUUUCAGGUGUCCAACGGGUGCGUCAGUAAGAUCCUGAGCCGCUACCGCCGCACUGGACUCCUGGAGCCCAAGACCAUUGGAGGAAGCCGACCUCGGCUUCUCACCCCAGGUGUCAUCACCACAAUCAUCCAGUGCAAAAGGGAAAAUCCAACCAUUUUUGCUUGGGAAAUUCGAAAACAGCUUGCAACAGCACGAAUAUGCAAAGCUUCCAAAAUUCCCAGCGUGUCGUCUAUAAAUCGGAUUGUUAGAAAGAUCCAUUUGGACCACGGACCGAUGUGCAUGGAGAUCAAUGCGCAGAUCAGGCCUGAGCAGGAUUCAGAUUCCCUGAUCCAAGAAGAAGUGAUUGAGAGAAAAAUUUCUCAGACAGUGUGCAGCACUGACCAGAAGCCUAAAGCUGUCCAGCAGCGCAACCGCACCACCUUCACCCCGGAGCAGAGCACAGCACUCGAGCAAGAGUUCUCUCACAGCCAGUAUGCAGAUAUGUACACGAGAGAGAAACUGUCCGCUGAGAUACAACUUCCCGAGGACACCAUCAAGGUCUGGUUUUCAAACAGACGGGCUAAAUGGAGGAGAGAAGCCAAACAGAGGAGCAGUACACAGAACCUCCAAAAGCAAAGAGAUUUCCUUCCUGUGAGUCCAACAAUACCACAUGGCUUCCCAUCUCAACAGGCAACAGGAGUGUCAAGAGUCUACUGUGAAAAUCCAGAGGGCCCCCCUACCUACAACACUGUUGCUAGGACGUUGCAAAAUGGCUACCUUUUCCCAGCAGAAAGAGAUUUGACAAAUUCUGGACAUCUGACAUCCGUCUCGGUCCUACCCUCAUUCAUCCAUCAGUCUAAUAACAUGAUGGCCCAUACCACGGCAGACAAGACUCCACUGGAUCUCCACAGAGAUAAUAGAUUCACUUUCCCAUUGGUUCACCAUCACACAGAUGCAAGGACAUCCCUCCCUUUGGCAACUGAGACAGUAAGAGCAGACCACCCUGUGGCACAGUGCUGGAACCAGCAGGGGAUUACUUUUACAUGGAGCCCGUUUCAAACAGAUGAGAGGUUUCUAUUCGUACAGCAACCCUGGGAUGGGAACCCACAUGGAAACCUAAACUAAAUGUGUGACUGCUGUUUGUGUAGUUGGGUGCAGCUGCAAUUUCUAGACUGAGGGACACAUUCUAACCAGCAGAGGGCGACAGACGACUGGAGUUACAAUCUUGUCUCUUACAUUCAUUUUUUCUGUUCAAAUGCACUAAAUCUUAUUCUAAAUUGAAAGUUGUAAACCUUUAUUCUUCAGACAAUCCUAAUGGAUCAUAAAUCAAUCCACUAAAUUUGUAAAGACUUAAUGAAAAAGAGGGUUAUUUUCUUUUCUUUUUCAGAAGUGAUGAUUAUUUUUAUUUAUGUGAGUUUCCAGAAAAUAAGGUACCAUAUGCCAAGUUGUGAUCAUGCAAUGAACACAGGUUCUGCUUGAAAAGGUUGUAGAUUUUAGAGGGAUUUAAUGCUAACAGAGAAAGUCAUAACAGAAAUCAUAUUUGGAUACAUGAGCAUGAGCAACUUUAACUGGAUGCUCGACAGCAUUGUGACAUAAAUCAUAGCUCCAUGGAUCAUUUAAGGUUACCGCUGGAUAAUAUGGAUGGGAUCUCUUUUAUAGUAUUGCUGUUUGUUUGGGCCCGACCCCUAGGAGCCAGUAGAUUAAACUACCUAGCUUCACAUUGACCAGCUACAACAGUGAAAUGCUGCUUGAGUAAUAAUGUUAUGUAUAACACAGGGCCCAUUUUUCUGCAGAAUGAGUACUUUUACGUAAUACUUUUAAAGUACAUUUUUGUUGCUUUCACUAAGGUAGAAUUUCAAAUACAGGACCUUUACUUGAGAUUGAGUACUUAAAAAAACGUGUAAUUCUUCUCUUUAUAAAGUAAAUGAUCUGAGUACUUCUGCAUUACUGGUCAUAAAAAAUAAUCUUACUUUUGGAGCAUUAUGUUUAUCUAAUUUCACAUUAAGCAACCAAACAUUUCAGAGCUGCUGAAAAUCUUAUCCAAACGUAUCUCCAUGAAGUAUGGGAUGUCCACGUUAGUCAUCCAAACAUUUCUCAAGAUAUGUUAUUACUCAUCUCCUUCAGUGGCUGUAUUAAAGACCCCUGUUGUUUCAGCCACUUAAUAACAUUUAUCAUGCACUAGAAUUUGCUGAACUGAGUGUCAUAAAGAGUAAACUAUCAAAAACAGAAUAAACAGAUAAGUGUGUGCUGCUGGCAUAUUCUUUUAAACAUAUUACACAAGGGAAAAUGAGAAGAGAAAGAAACAGGAGUACAGAAUAUAGCUAAAUACAAUAUCAAGUUCUUUAUUAAAAUAGGAAUAAUACAAAGGCUAGACAAUUUAGAAACAACUCACUAACACAAAAUAGCAGCUGUUAUAUUUAAAGUUUAUAGUGUAGACACCUAUUAACAGAAUGAUCAUGUAGUAAAAAUACUUAAGUA